AAUAAUAAUAAUGUUCAAAAAUGCAUUUAUUUGUUAGAUUUUUUAUACAUUAUGAUCAAAUCUGAACGCCGCCUCUGGUCGAGUGGUUUUGUACGUUAUCUGCAUAAGUUUAAUAAUCCACCGAAUUAAUGUUUAAGGAACAAUCUGCCUUUGGCUUUCCAACCCGAAAUACACUGUGCACUGUACACGAUGGCGGUGGGGUGUGAUAAAAAUAACCGGACACUCGGGGCAGAAGCGGACUAUAAAUGAUUUUGGACUGUAAAUGAAACUGGACCGCCCGUCUCGGAUAGUGUAACCCGGGUAAUGUGGGGGCUGACAGGCCCUUGUAGGACCACCUACACACUAACUUACAUUAACUUAAAAAUAGCAUCACAUCAAGCACUGACUAUUGUUUCGCCCUUCAUCAUCUAAAACGUAUCAGCUGGCUGUGGUGAUAUGGUGAUGUUACUGGUGUCGACAUGCAAGAUUGAAGAUGCAAACUGAUCCGCUUGCAUAAAGACAUAGAUUAACGCAGGGAGCAAACAUUUGCCACAUGAACUGAAGUUUUUCUUUCUUUUUUUGGGGGGGGGGGGGGUGCGCAACAUAUCCUACAGUCUCGUGCCUUAUUCCCUUAUCGGAACGUGUGGACCGGGUCCAACUGAGGAGCAUGAACGGAUCGGUCUGCAGCCCCCAGAACGGAGAAUGUGAAGUGGAGACCCUGAAGAGGGCGAUGGGUCUCCAGAACGGGCACCCCCUGACUACAGGCCUGGAGGACCAGGGUGAUGGCCAGAGUUUCCUGAAGGAGGCCUUCAACGUGAUCCUGGAGGAGGUUCUGCGCAGAGGGACCAAUGUGCAGGAGAAGGUCUGCGAGUGGCAGGACCCUGCCGAGCUGUCGGCUCUGCUGGACCUGGAGCUGCGGGAAGGGGGGGAGAACCAGCAGCAGCUGCUAAAGCGCGUCCAAGACGUGGCCAGAUACAGCGUCAAGACCUGUCACCCAUACUUCUUCAACCAGCUGUUUUCAGGCAUGGACUAUCACUCGCUGGCCGGACGCUUCCUCACAGAGUCCCUCAACACCAGCCAGUACACCUACGAGGUAGGCCCCGUCUUCGUGCUUAUGGAGAACGAGGUUCUGUCCAAGCUGCGCCUCAUGGUGGGCUGGCCAGACGGUGACGGCAUCUUCUGCCCCGGCGGCUCCAUGUCCAACAUGUAUGCCAUGAAUGUGGCGCGGUACCGGGCGUUCCCGCAGGUCAAGGUGCAGGGCAUGUGGGCCUUGCCACGCCUGGCCAUCUUCACGUCACAGGAGAGCCACUAUUCUGUGUGCAAAGCGGCCUCCUUCCAAGGAAUUGGCCUGGAGAACAUCUUCACUGUGAAGGUGGAUGAACGGGGUUGCAUGAUACCAGAAGACCUAGAAGACAAAAUUGAACUUGCUAGAUCUCAGGACUCAGUACCCCUACUGGUCAGUGCCACCUCAGGAACCACUAUACAGGGAGCCUUUGACCCCCUGGACCGCAUUGCUGACAUCUGCGCCAGGAAUAGUCUGUGGCUGCAUGUCGAUGCUGCCUGGGGGGGCAGUGUGCUGUUCUCCAGCGCCCACAAACACCUGCUGAAAGGCAUCGAGAGGGCAGAUUCGGUGGCCUGGAACCCCCACAAGAUGCUGAUGGCAGGACUGCAGUGCUCUGUGUUCCUCAUGAAGGACACCACGGACCUCCUGAAGCGCUGCCACUGCGCCAAUGCCACCUACCUGUUCCAGCAAGACAAGUUCUACGAUGUGAGCCUGGACACCGGGGACAAAUCCAUCCAGUGUGGGCGAAAGGUGGACUGCCUGAAGCUGUGGCUCAUGUGGAAGGCGGUGGGCAGCCGGGGGCUGGGCCAGAGGGUGGACAAGGCCUUCGAGAACACCAGGUACCUCGUGGGGAAGAUGAAGAUGAGGGAGGGCUUCCAGCUGGUCAAUGAGCCGCAGUUUGUGAACGUCUGCUUUUGGUUCAUCCCCCCCAGCCUGAGGGGCAGCGAAGGCACCGAGGAAUACCAGGAAAAGCUGUCCAAGGUGGCACCAAUCAUAAAGGAGCGAAUGGUGCGCAAAGGCUGCAUGAUGGUGGGCUACCAGCCACAGAAGGGAAGAGUCAACUUCUUCCGGAUGGUGAUCAUCUCCCCUCAGAUCACCCGGAAGGACCUGGACUUUUUCCUGGACGAGAUUGAGAGGCUGGGGAACGAUCUUUGACUUUUCCCCGCAGUCAGCACUCAGUACUCUCAGUAGAUGCCUGAUUUCCUGUUCCUCACUGUUCCCAUUUAGUUCUUUAAUAGGUCAGUCUUAUUAGGAAAAAAAAAUCACUUUAAUUAAUGGAAGCAUAGCAGAGGUCGCACAGUUAGUGUCUACAUGUUCAAUAGUUGAACUAUGUGCACCCCAUCCAUUUCAGUCUGUUCAACAUUCAUUAAAGGUCACAGCAGCACAUUUUAAUCAGUCCGAUCCUCUCUAGCAUCUCCCUUUCAUAAAUAUCAUCAUAUAAGGACUAAACUUUUGUAGGAUCUGCUGUCGUGCAUUUUUUUUAAUUAUGUUUUGGGAACACAUUUAUGUACUAGAAUAAGUGUCCUUAAGGUUUUAAUUGUGUUGAAUUCACAGUUCAUGACUUUUGCACUCAUGUGUCCUAAACUGUGACUGGUUACAUUAAUGCUAACUUUCCAGAGUGAAUUUAUUCAGGUUAAUUGAAAUUGUAAAAAAAAAAAAAAUGUAAUGGAACUGUCAUUUUUCGCUAUUUUGCUGUGGUAAGCACAUUGUUACUGAAGUGCAUUUAAAUAACCAAACAAUACAAGGGUUUCGGAUUCUGUUCAAAGACAUAUAGUGCAGAUUCUCUUUAAUAAAUGUUGUUUUACUUGGCAAA